AUGGUGUUCAGAAGACUGUUCCCGCUGCCACACAUCCUGCUCACGGUCGACGAAAUGCGUUUCGUCGACCGUGAGCAUCAAAACCAUCAGUACGCGCCUCCGCAGAACGGGGGCAGCCACAAUAGCAUUCUGAAGGUGUUAUUAUACUUGACCUUCAGGGCAUUGAAGGAUUUCUGCGUACAGUGUCUGGCAGUAAGCCUUAAAAAGAGUUACUUCCUUCUCAUUCGUACACCGUGCAAUAGUGUUGAGUUACUCACACACGAGGCAACUCGUUUGCACCACUCGCUUGUUCCAAAAGGGGUAUCUGUAAAAAAAUGGCCAACAGUGGAAGUAGAAGGCGCUGUUUGGAUCUGGCACGACGCGGAAAAUAGACCUCCGAUGUGGGAAAUGAAGGAGCCUGAGGAGUUGAAGACUUAUGGAUAUCGGGGAAGGAAUGAGUUCACAGUCAGCUGUCAUAUACAGGAGAUUCCGGAAAACGGCGCUGAUGUUGCGCAUCUGAACGCAGUCCAUGGAACGUCAGUGCUUGCCACGUUUACAAAGAAACAUCCCAUUCUCCACUCUUUAAUAGGCGAGCAUUAUUGGACCGCUGACUGGCAACGUAACCAAGAUCGUCUACACACGACCGACAUUAACAUCACGCAUGAUUAUAAAUGGAUGAAGAUAAACCUUUUCCACGUCGAUGUCAAAGUUACACAGAUUGGUCCUGGUCAGGUUCAACUCCGCCUCUCCACCUCGCUCGGUAAGGCACUGAUCUCCAACUCCGUGACCCCGGUGGGUCCGCUUAAACAAAAAUGCGUCUUCAGAGUGUUCUCCCCUGCUUCAAACGCUAUGAUGGGGUGGAUUUUUAAUCGUUCCGAAGCUGCCAUGUUCAAACGCGACGUAGCAAUAUGGAAUAGCAAACGCUAUGUCGGGGCUCCAGCGUAUGUUAAGGCGGACAAGACUAUCAGAGCUUAUAGGACCUGGUUUAGUCAGUUCUAUAGUGAUAAUAGCCAAAGUUUCAGAGAAGCUAACCAAAAUCCAUUAGAUUGGUAAAUUAAGUUAUAUAAUCAUUGAAUUACAAAUAAAUGGACGACGGGUCUAAUACAAAAACCACGAAAAAAUGUCCCAAGUCAACCUAUUUAAACGUAGUGUCAU